AGUGAAGAAGGCACAAUUGGUGGAAAACGGAAGCUUCAAGUGGUUCUUGGUGCACAUUCUCUUUCACGAAACGAGUCGAGUAAACAAAUAUUUCAUAUCAAGAGACAGAUUCCCCAUCCCGAAUUCCGUGGUAAUACUAUGGAAAAUGACAUCAUGCUACUGGAACUGGAGAAUAAUGCAAUGAUCACCAAUGAUGUGGAUGUGCUCAAACUAUCUGGAGGAAUGGUUGAUGAUCUGAGGGCUGGAACUUCCUGCUUCGUGGCAGGAUGGGGAAAAACAAGUGAAGAAUUUACAUCUGACACACUUCAAGAGGUGACAAUAGAAGUAAUAGAUCGUAAAACAUGCAACAGCGAGGACUAUUACGAUCACAAACCUGAAAUAACCCAGAACAUGAUUUGUGCUGGUGACAAUAAAGGCAGAGAUUCUUGUGCGGGUGAUUCAGGUGGUCCUUUGCUUUGCAAUGGAAAGUACAUCGGGAUUGUGUCCUUUGGCAUAGGAUGUGCAGAUCCCAAAAAGCCUGGAAUUUACACUUAUGUUUCUAAAUACCUUUGUUGGAUUUGGAAAACCAUUGCCAUGCAGGCUUACAAUAUGACCGAUGAAAAGCUGUAUUGAGUAAUCAGCGUGCUAAUUCACUUUGCUUUACUAACUAUGAUGCUCAAUCAAUUGGCUGAGAUAACCAGCAUGCUUCCAUCUAUAUCUGAGUACAAUGUGUAACGUUUUACCACAAAAUGCAAUAAAAACUAGAAUUGUGAAAUUCCCUGUCCUCUGACUGAAUGAAUUAAUGUGAGAUUCAAAAAUCACAAAUGCUCUUGAGCCAAAUUCAGACAAAGAAGUGUUUUUAUUAAUUUCAUAUUCUGCAGAAUAGGUGCCUCUCCUCUGAUGUCCCCUAGAGGCACACCGAAGAUGGCGAUGCUUUCUAUCUUUAUACAUUUCUUUACUAAGGUCACUACCUCAUGUCUCCCCAUCGAACUUCUGCCAAUCAGAACACUAAGGUUUAUAUUCCCACGAGAACGUCUCGGAACGUCUCCUGACGUCAAAGACUCCUAAGGCUUCUGCUGAAGUUUCUAUCUGUUUGCUACUUUUUAUCUAGAAUUUCUCUCUGUUCUGUAUAUUGUUACUUUCUUCUACCAGCAGUCUGGCUUCUGCUGACACCUUAUUUCUUUCUAAGUUAUAUU